AUGACAUUUAUUUCGGAAAAGAUACAUCCUUACUUCACCUCAAUUGAAGCUGGUUUCUGGGGUUUAAAACACUAUGUCGACUGGAUUACAAAGAAUGAAAGUGAAUUACCGUUAUGGGAAACGUGUUUGACCGACUUUUACGGCUCGUCAGAAUUUAUAGUUAACCAUAGAUCGUUACCACGACUCGAUCGUGUUGUUGCUGAGAAAAUCCUUAAUGCUAAAGAGCUUCCCCAAACCAAGGAACUUAUGAAAGCCUUCGAAUACCAUACGAACAGGUAUACAACGGAAAAUAUGGAAAAUCUAUUUAUAAGGUUGACUGUAGUGCAUGUGCAGAAUGAAGAGAAUAUAUUUGCUUCAGCGAGCAGAAAAAUGCAAACGAAAAAGGAGAAGGUUCAGGAUGUCUCGAAAAAUGAUAAUUGUCCUCUUUUUUCAAAUGAACCAGUUGAAGAAACUUUUCCUGUUAUUACACCUACUCUCAACCUUUGCGGUCGCUCUCCCCCUCCAUCUUAUAGAAGCGGGGAUAAUUCUUUUGUCGAUUACAGCGAAGAUCCAACCGAAGUUAAGGAUGCUGAGGCCUCCCCAGAUGAAAUCGACAUUUUCUUCCAAGGUCCUCCCAAUGUUGUUAAAGAUGCCAAACCGAAGUCUAAAAAGCGUAGGUUAAUGAAAAGUACCGGAAGUAAGAGCGCCAAACGAAAUAAAUCAAGUAACAAAAACCCUUCUAUGAAUGUACAAAGCGGAACAGAAGAUGAGAUUGUCGAUGCGAGACAAACACUCAGCGAUGAAUCCGAAUCAUCUAUCGAAGAAACAAAAAAAUCGGAGAAGUCAAAGACGAUACUCUCGUGGGGACAUGUUAUUGAUAAGAUCAAAAUUUCCAAUAAUUCAGAUCAUGAUUGGUUAGCAAACGGGUAUAAUAUUUCUAGAGAUUUUCGAGAGUUUCAACUAGCAACGGUUGACCGAUUAAAGAACAAUCCGAGACUUUCCUACGCGACCGAUGCUGAUGAAAUCAUGUGUCUUUCAUCAAUCAUUUAUGUGAAAGAAGAUAAGCCGAUAUAUAUAAAUUGCACUGACCAAAUUUGGAAGAGCGCGUUGCACAGAUCGCUUACUCCUAUAGCCUUACCGCUUAAAGUUCGGUUAUUCAUGUUGGAUUAUAAUACACUUUUAACGGAUAAAAAAUCAUUGAAAGAAAAGUGGCGUCAAACAUGGGCCGAAUGUGAUGCUUCAAUGACCGAGAAAGAAGCCAAUAUUUUUGAUUGCGUGCAACUUGUAACUAGGAAUUUUUUUUUGAAUAUAUCGUCAAGAAACACCGGCAAUAAUAUUAUGGACGAAGACACCUUCGUUCAUAGAUACUGUCACUUAAUGUUGGAGGAAAUCUUUAAUACAACGAAUUAUAAACUCUUGUGGGCAAACGGAGAAUCUAGUAGCUCGAAAGAACGACGAAAGUCUGAUGACAACCAACAUGGCCGGAAACCAGAUUUCAGAGUGCUUUUUGAAGAAGAGAAUGAAAUUAUCUUUGGAGAAAUAAAGCCACCUCGUGCCUCAAAUAAUGUAGUAAACCACGCUUUGAUCAAACUUGCCGAAUUCAUGAAAGGAUCACUGGAUUCUCUACAUGAGCGGUUUGGGUAUUCUCCAUGUUCAGAAACAUUUGGAGGCAUAAUUAAAGGAUGUCAAGUCGAACUGUUUAGCAUGGAUCUUGCGUUUGACGGAUUAUAUCGUUUCAAGCAAAUAGGAAGGAUGUUAUUACCUACUGAAGAUGCAAAUUUUUUAAAUCUAGUAACUGUUAUCUCGACUUUUUAUAGUUUGUUGGAAAAGGUCGAUCGUUCUAUUGAGGAAUUGAAAAGACCAUCUACACCUACCGGCCUUUCGUAUCAUAGAGAAUCAAAUUCAUCUCCUCACAAAGUUCACAUCCCAGACUUGAAAAUUCCACCUCCUGCAAUUGAUUGA